CAUGAGACUUUCUGUAAGUUUCUCUGCGUGUUUCCCUCCAGGCUUAUUUUGGAAAAUCCCUCAAUAAUCCCAAAGGUUGGAGUCUCCAUCGUGGAAGUUUACAAUAAAGAUGAUUUUUACCCUCUGGCCAAAGACAGCAUUGCAGCUGUGUCAGGGGUCAAGUGUGAGGUGAUGACAGCCAAGGAUGGCCGGAUAGAGGUUGUGCUGCUGGCCUCUGAGGUGUUUGGCAGCACCUCGAGACUGAUGGAGCUCGCUUGUGGAGGUCUGCCGCUCAGGGCAAAGCACCCCACCCUGGUGCACGUGGAUUCUUCCUGGUCUCACCUGAUAAUUAUGAUGACUCUCACCACAGUCACCUGCUCUGACAGCACUGGUAACCUGCAGUGCCACCCUCCGCAGGGAAAAACAGAGGCAGGACGGGAAGGAAGGAGCUGCAGCGCUUCUCUCCGAACUGCACAGCUGGUUCCUGCAGACCCUGCAGAGUGCGUGGAGCAGGUGCAGGCCCGGCUGCAGCUUGUGGACUUGGCCGGCAGCAAGUGCAUCAGAGUGUCCGGAGCCACCGGGGCGGCCCUGAGGGAGACAGUUUGCAUCAACCGCAGUCUUGCGGCCCUGGCAAAUGUCCUGGGAACCUUGUUGGAGUGCCAUGGCCACGUCCCAUACCAGAACAGCAGACCCACCCACCUCCUUCAGGACUGCCUCCGAGGCGAUGCGAAGCUGCUGGUGGUUCUGUGCGUGUCUCCCAGCCAGAGGCACCUGGCGGAGGGGCUGUGGGCGCUGUGCUGUGGAACCCAUGCUCGGCAAGUCCAGCGAGGCCCAACCAGAAAGAGGCAGCCCAGCUCCCUGGUGGAGGGGAAGAUGUGGCCGGAUUGA